CAUUUGACUGUUAUCUGUGCACGAAUUCACACAAUCAAGUGACAGCCCGUUUUAAGGUUAGUUUUACAUAAUAACACAAAAAUGGGCAAUAGCGUAGGAAACAUCCCCCAAACCGGGUUCAACUUGCACUUCCACCCCGAGGUGACCCCCAGCCCAUUGGAAGAACCCACCUUCGACCCCAACUUGGGAUUCCCAAAUGGGCGCAAGGAAAGAGUCAUGAUCGCCACCGAAGAGCAGAUGCGUUCCGCCAAAAUACCACUGGAAGCUAGGGACUAUUGUGCCCAUUUAUUGAUAAAGUUCCAAGCCUGUCGAAAGGACAACUGGCCGUGGGCUGUGAACUGUGAACAUGAAAAGCACGCUUACCUGAACUGCAAAUACGAUGAUUUUGUCAUCAGGAUGAAGGAAUAUGAACGGGAACGUCGCCUGAGAGUUAAAGCACAAGCCGAAGCAAGUGCAUAAUACUGUUUAAAUUUAUUGUAGUUAUUUACUGUAAAUAUAAUUUAAAAAUACA